GCGGAAGUAGCCGGGACCCGGAAGUGCCGGGCUCGUGCGCCGCCGCUGUCUAGAAAGCCUCAGGAUGGGGACGCCGGUGGAAGGAAAGAGCAAGAGGAAGAAAAAGAAAGGUGCCCAGGAGAGAGACAACCCGGAGGACGGCGUUCGCGGGAGUCUGGCCGGAGACUAUGUGGUUGGACAAGUCGCCAGCAGCUUGCUCCAGGGCAGGCGCCCCUCCAGAAAUAGUACAGCUCGGUUGGCGUCCCUCUUCAGCUCUUCUGAGCCUCAGCUCCAACCCGUGUAUGUGCCUGUGCCUAAAGAAACCACCAAAAAAAGGAAACGGGAUGAGGAGGAAGAAGGUACAUCCCAAAUUCAAGGACCACUCUUGCAAGAACCUUCACAAGAAAUGAAAGUGAAGAAGAAACUUUCUGCUGCAGACAAAAGGUUGGCAAACAGGGAAAACGCCCUAGCAAGUGCUGAUUUAGAAGAAGAAAUUCACCAAAAACAAGGACAGAAAAGGAGUGCUUCUCAAUCUGGUAUUAAAGCAGCAGAUAAAAAAGUACUUGAUGAUGUAGAUCACACAGUUGUAAAUCAGAGAAAGAAAAUUGAAAUCAACCAAGAAGAAGAAAGAUUAAAGAAUGAGAGAACGGUGUUUGUUGGGAAUUUGCCUGUCACGUGUAAUAAGAAGAAGCUGAAGUCAUUUUUUAAAGAGUAUGGACAGAUAGAAUCUGUACGAUUUCGUUCUCUGAUUCCAGCAGAGGGAACCCUGUCCAAAAAGUUGGCAGCAAUAAAACGUAAAAUUCAUCCUGAUCAGAAAAACAUUAAUGCUUAUGUUGUGUUUAAGGAUGAGAGCGCUGCUACAAAAGCAUUGAAAAGAAAUGGGGCCCAGUUUGCAGAUGGAUUUCGUGUUAGAGUUGAUCUGGCAUCCGAGACUUCAUCUAGGGACAAGAGAUCAGUAUUUGUGGGGAAUCUCCCGUACAAAGUGGAAGAAUCUGCAAUUGAGGAACACUUUUUGGACUGUGGGAGUAUUGUGGCGGUUAGGAUUGUGAGAGACCCAGCCACUGGAGUCGGCAGAGGCUUCGGCUACGUGCUCUUUGAGAAUACGGAUGCUGUUCAUCUUGCUCUGAAGUUAAAUAAUUCUGAACUGAUGGGAAGGAAACUCAGAGUCAUGCGUUCUGUCAAUAAAGAAAAAUUAAAGCCAAAUUCAAAUCCCAGUUCGAAGAAUGUCGGUAAACCUAAGCAGGGACUUCAUUUCGAUUCAAAAAAUGUAGGACAUUCUAAAAGUUUGUUUAUUGGAGAAAAAGCUGUUCUCCUUAAGAAGAAAAAGAAAGGGCAGAAGAAAAAUGGACGGAGUAAGAAACAGAAAAAACAGAAGUAACAAUCCGAAGGUUAUUUUGCUCCCACUGAGUACUCGUAAUAAAAGUGUGGUAAACUCAUGUA